GAAGCGGGAACAGGCGUUGGGAGUUGGUACCGAGCCGCGGGGCAUCUCCGGGCAGAUCUUAUGAGCUCUCAUACGGAGGCGCUCACCCAGGGAGGGGCAACUACAUGUUUACAGGGGCAACGAGCAGCUCUGCGGGGGCAGAAAUAACGGAGAUGGGCGAAGAGAGGAGACCUGCACGUCCCGUUACCGGGAGGAGGAUGAAGACCCCCUUCUGGCUGCUUCCUGCCCUGGCCCUGUCUGCCCUGUUGGGUGCCGGGUGGUCUGCGCCCUUUAACCAGGUUUCGCCCGUCGUCACCAUGGAGCAGUUGCUGUGGGUGAGCGGGCGAGUAAUUGGCGAAGUUGACACGUUCCGCAUCCCUCUGAUUACCUACACCCCCCGCGGGCAUCUCCUGGCCUUUUCUGAGGCUCGCAAGCACUCUGCCUCUGAUCUGGGGGCAAAAUUCAUCGCCACCCGGAGGUCGCAGGAUGGGGGCUACACUUGGAGCCCAACGUCCUUCAUCAUCGAUGACGGCUCGUCCUCCGACGGCCUAAACCUGGGGGCAGUGGUGGUGGACGAUGAAACAAGAAACAUCUUCCUGGUGUACACCCUCUGCGCCCACUACCACUACUGCUCCGUCUCCAGCCUCAUGAUCACCAACAGCUCCGACGACGGUCUAACCUGGAGCGCCCCGAGAAACCUGUCCCGGGAGGUGGGGACCAGAGUGUUCGCUCCGGGGCCGGGAUACGGGAUUCAGAAGCGGUUCUCCCCCAGGAAAGGGCGUCUGAUCGUCUGCGGCCACGGGUCUCUGGACGAAGACGGGAUCUUCUGCCUGCUGAGCGACGACCACGGAAUCAGCUGGAAAAAGGGGGGCAGCUUACAGGGGCUUCCGUUUAAUCAGCCCAAAAGGAGCGGGGACUUCAGUCCGGACGAGUGUCAGCCGUACGAGCUCCCGGACGGCACCGUGAUCAUCAACGCCCGGAACCAGUAUUUCUAUCACUGCCGCUGCCGCAUUGUGGUGAAUUCCACCGACGGCUGCGAGACUCUCCCGCUGGAAAACGUCCGCUUCGACGAGGGGCUCCCGGACCCAGCCGUGGCAGCCGGGGCUUUAUACAAGCAAGGAGUGGUGUAUUUCACUAACCCGGCGAACAAGAUGAACCGCGUCAACCUCACCCUGCGCUGGAGCUUUACCUCGGGAGAUUCGUGGGAACAGCAAUACACCCAGAUCUGGCCGGGCCCCAGCGGCUACUCCUCCAUGACCUCGCUCUCCGGUCACGUGGAAGACCACGAAAACAUCUAUGUCGUCUACGAGAAAGGCCGGAACCAGAUUACAGAGUCCAUCGCCUUGGUGAAGAUAAACGUUUACGGGCGCCUGUGACCGUCCCGAGCCUCUGAGACGCGUCUGAGCCCCCCCCACAGAACUGGAAAUGAUCCGAUGCCCGAAGCGCCCCCUGCUGGGAGACCUUUCUAUACUUUACUCACACUCUCUCUCUUCAUAAGAGAUUACACUGAGCUGUUACAGCUUACACGCACUCACACUCAUGCGCUCGCGCACACGCACGCAUACAUACGCCCUGUUGUAAUUGUCUUUCUGCCGGAGUCGAACCGCUCUCUGAUUGAUGAACUGAUUAAAAGUCUUGGAGGAA